AUGGAACAUCUUCUACCUACGGGGAUGCACGUUAUCCCCUCCGACCGUCUUGAUCUGCGCCCAGAUGCUGACAUAGACUUUGACAUCCUGCAUCCACAGCCAGUAAAGAGUGUCAAAAAUAUAUGGUUCUUCUGGCAUUCGGGCUAUUCAAACAUGCACCCGUACACACAGCGUACAGUGCGCGCAUGGCAUCGCCGAUUUACCAAACAAGGGUGGACUGUGCGGGUCAUCGACCGGCAAUCGGGAUCAAAAAGCAACAUCGCCGAGUUUCUGGAUGUCACCGAUCCAGCACUUUUCCCACUCGCUUUCACAAAUGGGAGUAUCACUGGCUCCUAUGCGUCGCAACACACUUCGGACCUUGUUCGUUGGCCGCUGCUCCUGCGAUAUGGGGGUGUCUAUGCCGACGUGGGUAUGAUGCAAAUUGGCGAUCUGGACAAGUUAUGGAAUGAGACAAUUGCAAACCCUGACUCUCCAUAUGAGGUUCUGUCUUAUACACCCAGUGGUCAAGAUCACUACAGCUUGUGCAAUUAUUUCCUUGCCGCAUUGCCAGAUAACGGACUCUUCACUCGUUGCCAUCGUCUACUUCUCGCUCUUUGGGGCACAAAUGGCGGUGCAACAAGCACCGAUGGUAUGCAUGCCAACCCUCUCCUCCAAGGCGUUCCUCUGAUGGGUGGUGAAUUUACGAUCACCGAAGAUGAUGGGACUCUCAUCGGCCCUGCUGAGGUCAGCCGCCUUUUAACCGACUAUAUCAUCCAAGGCCAAGUGGCGACUGCAGUAAUGGGAAUGAUCGAUGCCGAGGAUAACUGGGACGGUCCGGCCUAUUGCAUCAAGCAUUUUUACGGGAUCGCGUUCAUGGAAGGGUCGCAACUGAUCAAUGAAUUAACUGCCUGGAACGGACAAGAGGCAUUCGAUCUGUUGUCACUUUCCAUGCCGAAAGAAGGGGAGGAAGAGUCUGUGGGACAAAAGAAGGCCCGUGAAAUCGUUGAGGCCUGUCUGUCGCGCAGCUUUGGCUUCAAGCUUGCCCACGGCCUCAUCCUGCGGGUCAACAAGGUCACUCUUGGCUCACUCUGGCGGGACAACCCGGGGUCUGAUAUUAUACCUGGCACAUAUGCGAGCUGGCUUCGCCAUGGGACUGUCUACUGGAACCAAAAUGACGUGCCAGGGCGAGUCCCGCUCUCGCUGCUCCCUCCGACCAAGGUUGGGAGAUUACUCAUGUGA